AUGUCCGUGUCGAGUUCAGGGGACAUACUGGGGUCGAUUCUCGGGGAGAGAAAGCAUCUUUUCUUACUCAUUAGUCCGUUGGGUAUUGUGGAAUGUGGCAACAGACUUGACACUGACAAGCAUGUGCUUGUGCGUGGAGAAGCAUAUGGGUUACGAAAGGAUACAUGGCCUCCAGACUUUCGAUUCGAUUCUUCUGUCGAAUAUGAGGAUUUCGACAGGCGAUCGAUGCAACCACAAGUUCUAGACUCGAGGUGUAGGGCGGGAGACAAGUCAUCUGCGUGCGUGUUGCAUGGAGUAAUUCCCGGGGAGCGCACAGAGAUCACUCUGGGACCAGAUCCAUUGAUCUACCUGGAGCCCACCAUCUUAACUCAUCCUUCUUCCUUACCCGGUAGUUGGGACUGCUCAUGGUCAUCGUCUCAUACCUUUAAACACACCGGAUCGCUGUCGUCCGUUUUCAUGUCUUGA